GAAUAUUUAACAGCAGUGCUCAGGCUGGAGCUGAGGAUUUCUCCGGGGCUGGCAGCGCUGCAUCCCGCCCCAGCCCUGCCGCCCGCCCAGGUGCACUGCGGAGGAGGACGGGGCGUCACGGCGUGGCAGCCGGCACGGCCCUGCUGCUGGCAUGGGGCCUCUGGGGCUGGGGAUAACUUUUGUGACUUUGCCUCUUGUCAUCCGAGUGGCCGCGGGAGGGCAGUGGUGCUACGACUCGCAGGACCCCAAGUGUGGCCCCAGCCACUGGAAGGAGCUGAAGGCCACGUGCGGCGGCAGCAAGCAGUCCCCGGUUAACAUCGACAGGCGCCGGCUGCAGAGGGACAGCGGCCUCGGGGACAUCGUCUUCGAGGGCUACGACCAGGCCCCCCCGGGCAAGUGGAGGCUGGUGAACAACGGGCACACGGUGAUGCUGAGCCUGGAGGGUGAGCCGGCCUCCGAGCACAUCGCCAUCAGCGGCGGGGGCCUCCCCGGCCGGUACCGCGCGCUGCAGCUCCACUUCCACUGGGGCAGCCCGGCCGGGAACGGCUCCGAGCACACCCUGGACGGGCACCAGCUCCCCAUGGAGCUGCACAUCGUCCACAUCAACGUCAAGUACCGCACCCUGGGGGAGGCCAAGGGGCACCCGAGCGGGCUGGCUGUCCUGGGAUGCUUCUUCCAGGUCUCUGAAGCCCCAAACCCCAACUACAACACCAUCGUCAGCGGCCUGAGGAACAUCUCCCACGCCGGGCAGUCUGUGGACCUGGCCUCCACCUUCCGCCUGGGCACGCUGCUGCCCCAUGCCAGCUGGCUCUCCAGGUACUACCGCUACCAGGGCUCCCUCACCACCCCUGACUGCAGCGAGGCCGUCGUCUGGACCGUGUUCGAGGAGCCCGUGGACAUCGGCUGGGCGCAGCUGCGGACGUUCAUGAACACCGUCUACUUCCCGGCCUCGGGCGCCGUGCCCCUGAAGAUGACCAACAACUUCCGCCCGCCGCAGCCGCUCCGCAGCCGCAAGGUCUUCGCCUCCAGGGACGCCACCUCGAGCCGCGGCUGCCCCUGCCACCUCCUCUCCCCGCUGCUCCUGCUGGCCCUGCUCAGCCCCCUCUCGCCAUCCCCAUAGGGCACAGCAGCAAGGCGAUAUCUGAUUCAUGGGAAAUGGGGAAAAAUGGUUAAAAAAAAAAAAAAGCACGUCGGGACAGCAGCUGGGCCAGGGUGCCGCAGCCCUGGCUGGUGUGGACGUGGGGCUCGGCUACAGGGCCUGUCGGGGCUGCAAUAAAGGCAAGCUCCCGGCCCCGUCGCUGC